GUUUACAGUUGGAGCAGGACGAGAAGGAGCUGCGCCCGCUCCGGAGACAACACGCAGAAGUAAAGCUGUUCUAACCUGGACCAGGUGCAAGGGGGGAGAGCAAGAAGUCUCGUAAUACGGCACACCUUGCUGCGGUUAAAGCGCCGAGGGAGCGCUCUGCCAUGCCAGCCGCUGUCCUCAGGCGGGAUGGCAGGAGGAGCCGGAGCUUUACUUGCAGACGUCGCCCUGCUGGUUUGCUCAGCGGACAGUUAAUUGUCACCUGAAGGCAGCUCUAAGCGGCAGUCCAGGGCUCUCUGGAGUCAGCUUUCAGAGAAGCUGCAGGAGCAGCUGGUGGAUGUGGCGGGCAUGGAGAUGAAGAGGAGACUUCGAGCCAUGCUCAUGUUGAUAUGGAUCUUUCCAGGUGACACCCGGAAGGUGGAAAUGCCCAGCAGAGAGAUGGAGGUGGUGAAGGGCCAGAUGGUGGUGUUACAGGCCUGGUACAGCCCCAGCUCCGAUAUCUCCCAAAAUACCGUCAUUUGGCACUUUACAGGGAAUGAGUCCAAGCAGGUGAUCAACUUUAGCUCAGGUAAAGUUGGGCAUGGACAAAACGAGUUCACCAAGAGAGUCGGCUUCAGUGUGGCCAUGCCAUCAGCCAACAUCUCCAUCUACAUCAACAACACACAGGAAACCGACUCCGGCCUCUACUUCUGCCACGUCAUCGUCCCCGGAGGUCACGGCAUUUCUGGAGAGCUGCGGCUUAACGUCAAAGUCCCUCCCUCGCCCCCGCUGUGCAGCAUGAUGGGAAACCCGGUGGUGAAAGGCAACGUGACUCUGAGCUGCAAGUCCAGCCAGGGAAAACCCGCCCCUCAGUACAAAUGGACCAAGGCCGCGCCCAUGUCCGAGGUCUUUUUCUCCCCAAUGCAAAAAUGGCGAGCCUGUCCCCAGCCCAUGCUUGUCCUUGGGUUCAUGGAUGAGCGACACGGCACCCUCAGGCUGAGCAACCUCACCAAAAGCAUGUCGGGGAAGUACAUCUGCCGAGCCAGCAACACGGCCGGCUCAGACAGCUGCUCCAUCAACCUGGAGGUCAUCACCUCUUCCAACGCUGGAAUGAUCACUGCAGCGACUCUCGGGUCCAUGGUGGGCCUGGUGGCCAUGGUGCUUAUACUCAUAUUCCUACUGAAGAGGAGACAGGACACGGAGGAAGAGAUGCCCAACGAGAUCAAGGAGGACGCUCAGGCACCAAAGCGAGUAUCAUGGGCAAAGAGCAACACCGGCUCGGACAUCGGCUCUAAAAACGGCACACUGUCCUCCAUAGCCACCAGCCCUCGGUCCCAGGAUCAGCCCAAGUUCCCGUACCCCUACUCCCCCAUUUCGGCGUCCGACACGGGCUCGGUGAUCAACGCUUACCAGCUGCGACCCGGGACGGCCUGCAGCUUGCAAGGGCUCCCUGGCUACAAUAUGGGAGGCACCCCUAUACGCAAACACAAGCGGCCACCGAGCGCGAACGGCUGCCCCCCGCAGAUCCUCAGAAGCCCCGCAGCCGUCACCCCCCUGAAAAGGACUGAGGGGCCUCAGCCUCAGGUGCCGGCUGCGGUUACCGUGUCCCCGCAGAUCAGCUCCUCCAACCUGACGCGCAUGGGGGCCGUAGCCGUCAUGGUGCCUCCUCAGAGCCAAGCCGGCUCCCUGGUGUAGCCGGCGGGAGUGUCUGCGUGGAGGACAGACGGAAAGAGGAUGCCUUGAGGUGGAGAACGUUUCCUCAUGAGGAGCUGAGCAGCUAUCCAAGCGGAAAGCAUCCGACCAGGGACUUCUACUUCAUCUGCAAAAACUCUUCCUUCAGGUCGCUGAAGAAAUCAAACUCAGAGCGGCGUAACUCGUUUCUCUUCAGCAUUUGUUUUCAAUGUAGCAGUCACACUCACUACAGAGAAAUAUAUUUUUAUUUUUACACGCCUCAGAGCAUUUCUUGAUAGUAGAAACUGUUGCGAUAUCCAGGUAGCAGUUUGUCCCAAUAUAAAACUGACAUAAUGAACAGCCGCUUAUCCUAAGGGGUUUUGCAAUGACGGGAAAAUACAACGUUUUGGUUACAUUUCUAAUGUUUGUAUAAUAGACUAUAAACGGACAUCUUUUCUGCCUGUGUAGGUAUUAAGUCUUUAGUCACGUUUAACCAGGCAUUAGCGCAGACCGAUGCCUGAGCGGUUCAGGUGAAAAUAUUUUACUUUCCUCGACUCGUUCACGUUGUGUUCGACUGAGACGUGUUAAGCUGUCGCAGAAAUACCAGUAUGAGUCCACGGUGUGUGCUGAGCGUUCAUUUAAAGAGUACUUUGCCUGUUUAUGCUAGCUUGAAUGUAAACUAAAUAUCGAGUGUGACGUCGAUGGUUUAUAAUCGUUAAGGUGCUUGACUUUCAAUCACUGCAGACUUUUCGGCCGUUUGGUGAGUUGGAACAAGAAAGCGGCUCAGCGGACUCCGUCUGUCACGCGAGUUUUUCUUCUAAACGCUGGAAACGACGUGGAUGUUGUUGAUGCCGUUGAAGGUUUUCAUGUGUCAUUUUGAAUGCAGGUCACACUGCUCACAUGUUUAUUUUUUUUUAAUAAAGUAUUCUGGAGCAUUUGCCCAUUAAAUGCAAAGAUUAUAUAAAAAUAAAUAUAUAAAAAAGUAGUA